UCCCCCUCCCCUGUGAGUUGCACUUGACGUGGUUACACGGCAUUGGCCUUCCAAUCCAAGAUGGCGGACGGUAUGGAGUCGAAGAGGAAAUCAAACUUCACAACGAUUCAUUGGCUCCUUGUGGCAGUUGCUGCUUUCUGCUGUACUCCUAGGGCAUCUGGUGACUCCAAACCAGUUAUAACAACUCUAGACUCUAAAUGGAGUUGGACACCAUUGGUAUUAGAGGCUAGUGAAUUUUUAGCAAGUGAUAGUAGAGAAAAAAUCUGGAAAUUUAUAGAGCUAUCUAGAGAUCUUCACACAAAGAAAACUGAUUUAGAGAAGUACAAUAGUAUUCUACAACACGCAAGGAAACUCCUUUCUUCCAAUGGGUUGAGUCUCCUCCAAUUCUCACUAUCAAUGCGUUAUUACUCACCCAAAAUAGAGCUCUUCAAUAAGGUUUCCAAGGAGGUUUCUGGUAUCUCUGAAUGCAGUAGUUUUGUUCAAAUUGGUAAGAAAGUCACAUGUAAUACAGAGGAAGCUGAACGCCUGAUUACAUCCGCAGAAAAAGUAUCUGCUCCCGACAGCUAUCCCUUUGAUCAUCACUACACAGACUCCGAUAGCAAUGAUAUAACUGUCAUCUUGCAUGGCCUCAUAGGAACAAGUGACUUCAAUGCUUUUCAUGAUAUGCUGGUUGCCAAGGCGAUAGCAGGGAAAGUACAUUACAUAUUGCGCCACUAUGUGCAGAAACCUUUACAGAAAAAAGUCCGUCUCUCUGGUUACGGCGUGGAGUUGGCUGUAAAAAAGACCGAGUACAAAGCAGUGGACGACACCAAGGUGAAAGAGGAUACCUCACACAGUAAGAUCACCAGCAAGAAAGAAGACGACGACGAAGUGGAGGGGUUCCUCUUCGGCAAACUCAAAAAGCUCCACCCCCACUUGACUGAACAGUUGAAUCAAUUCCGAUCCCAUCUGAAGGACAACUCUCGCGAGAUGGCUCCUUUAAAAGUCUGGCAGCUCCAGGAUCUUAGUUUCCAGGCCGCGCAGCGAGUCGUCAGUUCAGAUCCUCGAAGCGCUUUGAAAGUACUCAGAGAUUUAAGUCAGAAUGUGCCGAAACUUGCGCGCUCACUAGUCAAAACAAAAGUCAAGCCAGAGUUAAGAAAAGAAGUCCUACAAAACCAAAAAUUACUCUCAAAAGUCGGAGUAGACGUUGGGGACAGCGCGCUGUUCAUUAACGGAAGAAUGGUUGAUAUCGACGACUUGAAUGCGUUCGAGUUAUUGGACAUCUUACGUGAAGAGUGGACAGUCCUUGAUAAACUUGCCUCCCUUGGAGCUAAGGGCGAACCGCUGACCGCCUUGUCGGUCAUGUCUUUGUCUGAGGAGCGAGACUCGUAUGUCCUCGACACACGGGAUGACUCAGUAGUGUUCGUCAAUGACUUGGAAAACGAUCGCCACUAUGCGAGCUGGCCGUCUCAUAUCCAGGAGAUCCUGAGGCCGACAUUUCCAGGAAUGCUGCGGUACAUUGCCAGGAAUAUUUUCCACGUGGUGAUGUUUGUGGAUCCUGUAAGUCCCGCGAGUGUAGCACUCAUCAAGACGGCAGACGAGUUCGUUCGCGCUUCUAUGCCGGCAAGAAUUGGCCUCGUUCUGGUGGCUGACGCGGAGCCUGGGACCGACGCGAGGAAAAAAAACGCGGGAGUCGCCAUCGCACGAGCCUUCCACUUCGUGAAGAACGAGAAAGACUCGCGCCAGGCUCUCGACUGGCUCGUCCAGCUGUACAACCAAGUGUCUUCGCUCGACGAUGAAGUCCUCACGAAAGCCGUGUACGACAAGCUCGUAGCCUGGUUCGGUACCGACGACGCAAAUGACAUCCUCGGGCCGGAUUCGGAAAACGACGACGGCCGAAAAGCAUGGAAGAGGUUUCAUGACCGAACAGGCUUUCAAACCACCCCGCAGGUGGUUGUCAAUGGAGUUCCACUGAAGAGUGAUGAUAUUGAUAUCGUGGAAGAAGCAGUGAUACGCCAGAUGCUGACUCAGACACAGCCCAUUCAGCAAGCCGUCUUCACGGGUCACAUCAACCAGUUUACCAACAUUUACAACUACGUCAUGACCAAGCCGAACGUCGUCAAACGACUCAAUGACGUUAUCCAAGCUUCAGACCGACCCAUUAUUGACCUGGUAGGGGGCACUCUGGGAGAUGACGUCACGCUUGACGACAACAGCAAGUUUGGAGAGCUUGGGCAUGCGCAGAUGGUGACAGCAGUGGAACGUGGUAUGAAGUACUUCACGCGCAUGGGUGAGGAUCUAAGCUUGAAGCCGCUGACCAGUUGGAUCGUUGCGGAUCUUGCUAGUUUUGACGGUAGACGCCUGGUUAAAGCUGCAUUUGAACAAAUGAAAUCCUCCGCCAAUGUUCGCGUUGGACUUCUCCACAACCCGUCAACGAAGCCUGGACACCCCGAGCCCGCGAGUCACCUGUACGUUGCGAGAGCCGUAGAAGCAGUGCUGAGCUCCAAGGAUCACGUGAACCCUGCCAUACUAGCCUUCAUGGAGAGACUGUUGGACGAAAGGGCCAAUGUUGCCAAGCUGAACGAGGAUCUUGAUGCGAUGAUUGGCGUGAUGAGAGAGUUCAAGGCUCUAAAGCUUGAAGCCAUAGAAGCCAAACUGAAAAGCAAGAAAAGUUUUCUUGACAGGCUUACGUCACAUCAGAAGUUUGUGUCAUCUGUUUUGAAGCUGAAGCCGGGACAGAAUGCUGUCAUUGCUAACGGAAGGGUCCUCGGCCCUCUCGGUAAGGACGAAAUCUUCAUCAAGGAGGACUUCCAGCUUCUCGAGGACUUUGACCUGGACCAGUACGCCAGGAAGGUGCGAGACCAGGUGGACAACAUGGUGUUUACUGGAAUCUCGGCCGAUGAUGACACUAGUGAGUUCAGGGAUGACGUCAUCAUGAAGAUAUCAUCUGUGCUACUUGCACGAAAAUCUGCCCCUCGGGUCCAGAUCCCUAUCGAAAAUGCGGAGCAUAGCCUGGUGCGUGUGCCGAGCGGAAAUGACGUCAGUCUGAACAUCAUGGCCAUUGUUGAUCCACUGUCCAAAGCGGCUCAGAAGGUCGCCCCUAUUCUUAUGGUCUUACAAAAUGUAACCAGUGUGAACAUCAACAUGUACAUGAACUGCCGCGAGAAGCUUUCCGAAUUCCCACUUAACCGGUUUUAUCGAUACGUACUGGAGCCACAAAUCACGUUUGACGAGCACGGCACCAUGUACUCAGGACCCUACGCGAGCUUUAUGGACUUGCCCCAGUCCCCACUCCUGACGAUGGGCAUGGAUACACCGCUGGGCUGGAUGGUCGAGGCAGUUCGGUCGCCUCAUGACCUUGACAACAUUCAUCUGGCCGAGGUCAGCCAAGGUGUGACAGCAAACUUUGAACUUGAGUACAUCUUUAUCGAAGGUCACUGCUCCGAUCUCGUCUCUGGUCAGCCCCCACGCGGUCUGCAGUUCACGCUCGGCACCAAAGCCAAACCGGACACCUUUGAUACCAUCGUCAUGGCUAACCUGGGUUAUUUCCAACUAAAGGCUUUCCCCGGCUCAUGGUUACUGCGCGUGCGUCACGGACGUUCCGAUGACAUUUAUGACAUUGCCUUGGUUUCUGGAGGGACACAAGUUGGAUCAAGCACGAAUUUCACCAUUUUAAUCGACAGUUUUAUCGGAAAGCUCAUGAAAGUCAAGGUGAAGCGCAAGCCGGGGAUGGAGAACGCUGACUUGUUGUCUGACGGGAGCGAUGACCAUUACCGCGGGAUCUGGGACUCGUUGUCAAGUAUGGUUGGAAGUGAUAAGGAAAAGAAGCAACAAGAAGACAAAACGAUCAAUAUUUUCUCUCUGGCGUCCGGACAUCUAUACGAGAGGUUUAUGAGGAUCAUGAUGUUGAGCGUUCUGAAACACACAAAGAGUAACGUCAAGUUUUGGUUCCUCAAGAAUUACUUGUCGCCCACUUUCAAGGCGUUCUUGCCGAUUAUGGCGAAGGAGUAUGGGUUCGAGUAUGAACUGGUUCAGUACCAAUGGCCGAGAUGGCUACACGCUCAGACGGAGAAACAGCGCGUCAUAUGGGGCUACAAGAUUCUGUUCCUCGACGUUCUCUUUCCGCUUAAUGUCAAGAGGAUUCUGUUUGUGGAUGCCGACCUGAUCGUCCGCACGGAUCUGCAGGAGCUGAUGGACAUGGACCUGGAGGGCGCGCCUUACGCGUAUACGCCCUUCUGUAGCAGCCGUAAGGAGAUGGACGGAUUCAGGUUCUGGAAUCAGGGAUACUGGAGGAGUCACAUGGGAGGCAGACCCUACCACAUCAGUGCGCUGUAUGCCAUUGAUCUCAAGCGGUUCCGACGGCUGGCUGCCGGCGACCGACUCCGCGGCCAGUACCAGGGCCUCAGUCAGGAUCCCAACAGUCUUGCAAACCUGGACCAGGACUUACCCAAUAACAUGAUUCACCAAGUCCCCAUCAAGUCUUUACCACAAGAAUGGCUAUGGUGCGAGACGUGGUGUGACGAUGCGUCCCUCGCGAAAGCCAAGACGAUCGAUCUCUGCAAUAACCCACAGACAAAGGAACCUAAGCUACAAAGUGCAGUUCGCAUCGUCAAGGAAUGGCCGGAAUAUGACGACGAGAUACGACGAUUGCAAGUAGCGGCAAGCGCAGAGACUGCGACUCAUGCACAGACCCCUCCUACUGCAGGGUCAGAGGUCAAGCAAGAACUGUAAAGAAUUUCAUACAAUUAGGACAUUUUAUACAUUCGAAAUGUUUCUAUUCAUACGAAAGGGAUCCCGUUUACUUCUAUUUAAAAAUGCGCUCCAGGCGCCAAAUGAAAAGUGGGAACACGAAAGCCGCCGAGGAAGGAGGGACGGGGGGGGGGGGGGGGGGGGGUAACAGACGAUCUAUCCAGGUGUCGUCUUUAUAGGUGUAUGUUGGGUUUCUCUGUGCAGUACUACUCUCUAUUCAGUAUUUGUCUUAUAGCCAAAUUCCUUGUUGCGCGACCUUGGCGAAUCAAAAAACCAUUUGACUGCAUAAGCAAGUGAAUUGAUUGGCCACGGUGGUAUGAUUGACUACGUGCUAUUUCCAGAAGAGAAUUGGAUUUGAGUUUUCGGGUGUCGCGCAACAACGAAUAUCUGUCACGUCGCUAUUCCAUGCUCCAAACUCCGAACCUCAAAGGAUCCACAUCAGUCGGCUAUUUCAUGGGAGUCACAUGAUUCAACCAAAUAAUUCAAAUAAGGAAGUGCUGUUCAAUAGGGGACUUGCGCUAAGAGAUCACGUGACCUUUUGAGUGGCAAACCCGCGUCAAAAUAAACACAGAAAUGGCCGAUGCCUUCACGCCAGAGAGCGACAAAAAAAACACAGCAAUGGCUUUGCCCGUCACGCCAAAGAGCGACGAAAAAAUCUUUAAAUGAAAAUUAACCCUUUCCGAAAAAAAACACUUUCUGGCUUUAUUCGUAAGCGCUAAAUAAGUUGCUUUUUGCUGCUUUUCUUUUGCAGUUAAAAGCUAGAGCGCGCGCUAGUAACAGUAACGAGUGGCUGGUUAAUAUUCUUUAAUGCGGGUUGUGUGGGGAGGGGUGGAAUAUUUCUCUUAUGCAUCGUUGCUAAUUCUCUUGCGGCUUUUGUUUUUGCAUAUGCAUUAUAAAUGAUCAAUGUCAUAGAGACAGACUUUUUAUCAUUUUGAAUCUUCUCCCAGCGGACUGCAAAUGGAACAAGUCUCUUUAAGUCCGUAUUUUUGUGCUGUUAUGUGUGAAAUGCCAGUGAAAGCCAUGGAUUUAAACCUUACUUGGAAAUCUUUUAUUUAAAGUUAUUAAAAAGAUUAGUAUCUCGUU